CGGCAGAAUGUUUGUCAUUUUUGCCAGUUGUCGGGUCACUUCAUAAGGGAGUGCCCCUUUCAAAAUGUGUCGUACGGAGCGGAUAUGGCAGCACGUAUCAGGAACAAUGGAGCCAGCUCUUCGUCUUCAGCUUCAGGCGUUGGAAGCGGGUUACUACCAGCACCAGCACAAGGCGCCAACACGGCGAGCACUUCGAUCGCUAUAGUGCCAUAUCAGGCUCCUCAGAAUCAAGGGUAUGGCGGCGAUAACGAGAGGUAUGGCAAUGGCAGUUACAACGGCGGUAAUAGGAGUUACAAUACGGGCUCCGGCGGGGGAUAUAACAACGGUUCAAGAUAUCCCAGGAAUUGGUCGAACAACAACAGAGAUAGAGAACAUGAUGAGAGAUUUGAACAAAUUUAUGGCUUGCUAUCUGAGCAAGCGGAGGAACGAGAGCAGCGGAAAAGGGAGGCCGCUGGGCUGGUCUCACUGGAAGAGGAGAAAAAGAGGCUCCAAGCUGAGGAGGAGAAACGGGUGGAAGAGAGAAAGGAGAGGGAGCAACAGGAGGCGAGGUUAGGGCUCAUAGUACGAACGAAUGUGAAAACGGUCAGCGAAUCUGCAUUGGGGCGGAAGGUUGAGCUACCAGGAGAAGAGGAGUCGAAAAUUAGUAAGAUGAGGAAGGAGUUGGAGGCGUUGAAAUCAAACUGUGCCAGCACUUCGAACGAAUCAAAUUUGGAGGUGUUGCGAAAAGAGAAGGAGGCGUUAUUAAGGGCACAAGGCUUAAGCAGCGAGGAAGAUAGACUUCGACGAGAGAUCGAUGAGCUGAAGGCGCAGAGUACACAGAGGACGAUGGGUUCUCAACAGGAGAAAGAUGAGGUUCUUGCUCUUAAGAUCCAGAUUGAAGAACUCGGUGCAAUCAAGAAGGCUCUGGAAGAUAAGAGCAGUGAGGUCACUUCACUCAAGAAAGAAAAUCUUCAUCUGCGCCAUGACUUCAACGACUUGAAGGAGGAAUUUAUGCUUCUUCGAAACGCAGGCAAGAGAGGCGCUGAGGCAGUUACUGAGAAGAGCCCUCCGGAAGCUCCAUCGCGAGGCAAGCACCGGGUGGAUGCGAAUGUUAGCGCUAUGUACACGCCCAAGGAUAUGGAUGGGUUGUACAAGGCAUAUAAAGAAGCCUUGGCAGGGAAGGAAAUGGCAUUACGGGAAGCAGGGUGCCUUAAGGAGCGGAUGGCUAAGGCGGAGGCUUCCAAGAUCCGCUUAUCCAUUCGGAAAUUUGUUGCCGCGAGAAAAACGACUCCAAGGAAUUUGAAGACCACUCUCGAAUCUGUUGAGAUCGACUCCGACGAUGAGAAAGAGGAUGAAGAAAACCGAGGUAAGAAUGGUAAGGGUUGCACUGUCCCUGAUACGGCUCAUGAGCUAGAAGUGACCAAAUUGCAGGGUUUCAGGGAUAAGCGACUCAAAGAACUGCGAUCAGGGAAGAAAAACGACUUUGAAAAGAUUUGUGAGGAGGAGGGCAUCACGUACGUGAAGUUGGAUCAAGCAAAGAAUGAUGUUGCCGAGAUUCGGGCGAGAAGAGACUUCGACGAGUGGGUGGCAUCGAGGACGGCCCGUGAAGAUGACGAACAAGACCAACACUACUCAACCUCGGUUGAGGAGACGAACGAUGACUAGGGGAACGCCCUGAGUGCAUCAUAUCUUUGGUCUUUGGCUCUGUUUUGUCACGAUCAUCGAAGUUCUUUGCCGGUAUAGGAGGUAACGUAUAUUUUUCGUCUUGUAGUUAUUUUGCUGAUUCUAACUGGUCGUCAGAUGGGGUAAUAAGUUUAUUCGUUUACUUUCCCUACUAAUUAACAGUAAUUAUGAUUUUCGUCUCUGUCCACGCCCUGUGGUUUACGCUAUCUUUUCUCUCUGGUUUCGCCAUGUCUAUAUUGGAUGUACCUCUAGAUCUAUUGACACUCGUUGGAAAGAACAUGUUGCCUCUACUCUCUCUUCAUCGUCUUCCACUCUUAAAUUCGCUAAUCGCAAGCUUUACCGC